CGCGCGACGGAACUCUUCAGCACGUUUGUUUUCCAGGAGUCUGCCAGCUAUUCUGCGGGGAUCAUGCCACCUAAGGGCAAAGGGGGGAAAGGGGCAAAAGGUGAACGCAAUAUCUACAAUUGUGAGGAUAUUAUGUAACUAAUUAGGACGCUAUGACCAUAAAAAGACCUAUAUUUCAGCGUUUAUUCAGGUUUGCAUUUACUGAACUCACAACUUGAAUAUUCCCCAAAUGACUGAGCUACUGUCACAGUUUAAAAGUUUUAGCCUAAAUUUUGCCAUUGUGAUUUUACUUUGCUAUCAUUCGAUUUUUAGUGAAAAAAAUCCCAUGGGUUAUUGCAUUUGUGUAUGACACAAGAUCAUUGGGAUGAAUAGCAUGAUCAGGGUCCAUGGCUUGCCUUAGCAUAUUUUAGGUAAAGGCCCAUGGUUGUGGUAACUGUAGUAGAGUGCAUGCUUGGAUGUUAUGGUCAGUAAUCGCUUUUAGUGUUAGUAGCUAAGUAAAUGCUUUCUGGGCUCCAAGGCUUGCAGUAUAAGUCAGUAUUGUAUGGUUUGCAGGGUUCAUAGCAGUUAUAGUUCAUGCUUAUGGGAUUAGCUGGUAGUCAUUUGAAAAUAUGAUGAUUUACUGGUAUAGCAAAAUUAUGUAAUUUAUAUGUAAAUCCAUAACUGAAUGCCAUUUCUGCUAAAACAAAUAUAAGCAGAAUAUUUUACUAUUUUUUUUUUUUAUGUAUUUGUGUUGUAUCAGCCACCAUGCACACUUAUGCUUUUAUUAUUAAUAUUAUUACCACCAUUUAUAUAGCGCCAACAGAUUCUGUAACACUUUACAAUAUUAUGAGAGGGGGGAUGUAACUAUAAAUAGGACAAUUACAAGUACUUACAGGAACAAUAGGUUGAAGAGGACCCUGCUCAAUUGAGCUUACAGUCUAUAGGAGGUGGGGUUUAAGACACGUUAGGACAGGAAAUAUGAAUCAAAUAGGGUGGGAGUGAAGCAGAGCUGGAGGAAAGAGUAAAGCACUGUCCUAUAGGAGAGAGCAAGAGACAGGUAUGUAAGGUAGAGGUUACUCUGGGAGGCCAUAAGCUUUCCUAAAGAGAUGGGUUUUAAGGUGCUUCUUAAAGGAUUGAAGACUAGGGGAGAGUCUGAUGGGGGUAGGCAGGCUAUUCCAUAGGAAAGGAGCCGCUCGCGAGAAGUUCUGCAAGCGUGAGUUGGCUGUACGGGUGCGAGCAGUGGUCAGGAGGUGGUCACGGGCAGAGCGGAGGGAACGAGGAGGGGCAUACCUUUUGGAUCUGUGAAGAGAUAUAAGAGGGGCUAGAAUUGGUCAGUGCUUUAAAUGUAUGGGUUAGCACUUUGAAUUGACUCAUAUAGGAUACAGGGAGUCAAUGUAAGGACUGGCAGAGGGGUAAGGUGUGAGAGGACCGACCAGAAAGGAAAAUAAGUCUGGCGGAGGCGGCAUUCAUUACAAACUGUAGCGGGGCAAUACGGCUUUUGGGGAGACCAAUCAGGAGAGGGUUACAAUAAUCCAUGCGGGAAAUUACUAGAGCAUGGACAAGAAGUGGUCAUUGUGGUAGAAGACUGCAUGUGCCGCGUUUCCGUUUAAAAGGCUGCACAUUCGGAGCAAUAUGCAUUUUUUUGCCAGGGGCUGGUUACAUAUGGUAAUUCUGUGUAAAAAAUUUACAUCUACUGUUCACAUGCACAACAUGAAGAAUUUCGACCCUUGCGGUUAGCACCUAUCUCGCCUCCCCCUUCAUUUUAGUUUCUUGUGUUUUUUUUUUUUUUUUAAAGAUCUUCCCUACCUCUAUCAACCCUUACAGGCUCAGAAUGUGUGCACAAUGGAAUAUUUUUCCUCUUUAAUUUAAAACAUUAAAGUAUAUUAUAACAAAAAAAGUGUCAUGGAGGAGUUAGAGACUGUUCUAAAUGCAGGGAAGUAACUUCAUUGAUGCUAUCCUGCAAAAAAACCUAAUCUUUAACCCCUUAAGGACCAAACUUCUGGAAUAAAAGGGAAUCAUGACAUGUCACACAUGUCACGUGUCCUUACGGGGUUAAAUAUUCCUAUAUCAAGGUGGAAUGUGGACUCACUAAAGAAUUUCACAAGUGCCUUCCUGACAUAUCCAUCUUCUUCCUCAAAUAUCUGCAAAUUACAAGUUACCACUGUUUAGUAAUUUAAUGAGGUGAAUUAAAAUCACUUACCUUUUAUCCUUAACAGUAACAGAAUUAAUUUUAACAUGACUAUUUACCUAUUAACAUACUAUUUACCUCUACAAAGACAAUGGGUAGAGUAUACCAAAAUUAAUAAACAUUGAAUGUUCUUUUUAUUUGCUGUAGGUGGAGCAACUGGGGGUGAAGCACCUGAUAAGAAAGCUCCAACACCAAAGGGCGGAACGUCAGUCAAGGUAAUCAUAUUAUUUUAUAAAACUUUUAAUGUGAAGAAGCGAUCAGCGUAAAUAUUAUCUAUUUCAACGUCACAAGAAUGUUCCGAAUAUACUGUUCAAGCUAUAAGCACUCAGAAAUACUACUCUUGGUUUUGUGCAUGUAUAUGUUAAAGAUGAGAAUCGUGUAUCUGUAAAUCCUCUAACUCAGGGCUCCUCAAACUCCGGCCCCCCUGAUGUUGCUGAACUACAACUCCCAUGAUUCUCUGGCUAUCUAUGUAAUUCAAAGAAUCAUGGGAGUUGUAGUUCAGCAAAGUCUGGGGGGCCGGAGUUUGAGGACCCCUGCUCUAACUGAUUUCUGUAUGUAGGGUUUCUAAAUUUAUUAGGCAGGUUGGUAUAAGGAGUUAAUGGGUCACUCAAGGUCCAUGGGACACCCAUUCCUUUUUUAGUGCAUUUAAAAAACAAAUUGAUGCUAAAGCUGUAAACCACAAGCUUCAUUAGUGAACUUUUUCUUGAGCAUAAAUUGAGUGGGUCGAACAUGAUGCAUUUUACACCCCAUAUGCCUGUAUGAUGUCUGAGCACUGGAGGAUCACACCCUCGUGGUGCUCUGAUGGACAGCUGGGAUGGACAGAGCUGCCAGACCAUCCAGUGACAACUUGCUUACUUACAGCUUGUGGUGGGCAGUCAAAUAGACAUAGUGAUUUGUUGCAGGGACGAUUAUGAUGACCUGGUGUAUCUCAGAUUGCUGUUUGUGGCAGGGUAAAUUAACUUGUUUUGAAAACACAACUCACAUAGUUCAGUAAUGCAGGAUGUACAGAAUUGAUUAUCUUGAGAAUUUUAUCUGGUGUUUCUGUAGAACCUUUUGUUUUCCCUCUGUGGCUUCGGAAACUGUAACGAAGUUAAAGUUAACUUAUUUUUUCUCUCAGGUGAGGCACAUCCUGUGUGAAAAGCAUGGGAAGGUUAUGGAAGCCAUGGAAAAACUAAAGUCAGGAGUGCGAUUCAGUGAAGUGGCGACACAAUACAGCGAAGACAAAGCCAGACAAGGGGUGAGGACUUAAUAUUUAGACUUAAAGUCAAACUUGAUUAGCAGCUGAUGUAGCUAAUUUGCAGUUAUGUUCAUGGGUGGCAAAAAAUAAAAAUUGUAAUAAUUAUACUGGAUAGAAACAUAGAAUGUGACGGCAGAUAACCAUUUGGCCCACCUAGUCUGCCCAAUUUUUUUUUUAAAAUACUUUCAUUGGUCCCUGGCCUUAUCUUAUAGUUAGGAUAGCCUUAUGCAUAUCCCACGCAUGCUUAAACUCCUUUACUGUGUUAACAUCUACCACUUCAGCUGGAAGGUUAUUCCAUGCAUCCACUACCCUCUCAGUAAAGUAAUACUUCUGGAUAUUAUUUUUAAACCUUUACCUCUCUAAUUUAAGACUGUCCUCUUGUUGUGGUUUGUCUUCUUUUAAAUAUAGUCUCCUCCUUUACUGUGUUGAUUCCCUUUAUGUAUUUAAAUGUUUCUAUCAUAUCCCCCCUGUUUCGUCUUUCCUCCAAGCUAUACAUGUUAAGAUUCUUUAACCUUUCCUUGUAAGUUGUAUCCUGCAAUCCAUGAACCAGUUUAGUAGCCCUUCUCUGAACUCUCUCUAAAGUUUCAAUAUCCCUCUGGAGAUACUGUCUCCAGUACUGCGUACAAUACUCCAAGUGAGGUCUUCCCUCUUUCUACUGCUAAUAUCUCUCCCUAUACAACCAAGCAUUCUGCUAGCAUUUCCUGCUGCUCUAUUACAUUGUCUGCCUACCUUUUUAAGUCAUCAGAAAUAAUCAUCCCUAAAUCCCUUUCCUCAGAUGUUGAGGUUAGGACUCUAUCAAAUAUUCUGUACUCUGCCCUUGGGUUUUUACGUCCAAGAUGCAUUAUCUUGCACUUAUCCAUAUUGUCAGUUGCCGCAACUCUGACCAUUUUUCUAGUUUACCUAAAUCAUUUGGCUUAUCACUCCUGGAAUAUCAACCAUGUUACAUAUCUUAGUAUCAUCAGCAAAAGACAUACCUUACUAUCAUGACCUUCCGCAAUAUCACUAAUAAAAACAUUAAAGAGAAUGGGUCCAAGUACAGAUCCCUGAGCUACCCCACUGGUGACAAGCCCAUGCUUCGAAUAUACUCCAUUGACUACAACCUUCUGUUGCCUGUCACUCAGCCACUGCCUUACCCAUUCAACAAUAUUGUAAUCUAAACUUAAAGAUUGCAGUUUAUUGAUAAGCCUUCUAUGUGCAACAGUGUCAAAAGCCUUACUGAAAUCUAGGUAAGCAAUGUCUACUGCAUCACCCUGAUCUAUUAUUUUAGUUACCCAAUCAAAAAAAACAAUAAGAUUAGUUUGGCAUGAUCUCCCUGAAGUAAACCCAUGUUGUCUCUGAUCUUGAAAUCCAUGUGUUUUUUUAGAUGUUCAACAAUCCUAUCCUUUAACAUGGUUUCCAUUACUUUCCCCACUACUGAAGUAAGGCUUACUAGCCUAUAGCUGCCCAACUUCUUCCUACUACCUUUCUUGUGAAUGGGCACAACAUUCGCUGAAUAUACCUACCUCUACCUUGAACUUAAGGGUUAAGGGUAGUGUCACCCCUAAUAAUAGACACACACAUCAGCAAUACUUUGAGCCAGUUAUUAAAAGGCUCUCAAAAAGGUGAGCACUGUUUUUUCUGUACAUAUAUUGCACUGUGCACUAAGGGUAUAACAAUCUGCACCCAGAAGUUCUGUUUUAUUUCUUUCUCAUUUGGAGAUCCAUCUUUGGUUGGAAGGAAAAGAAAAGAGAAAACUGCAUCAAUACGGUCUUGUUGUCUACCUUAAAGGCACGGAUGCUUAAGUGUUUAGAGCCUAUAUCCAUAUAAAAGGCUCUAAAAAAUGUGAGUUUACCUGUACAUAUUUAAAUCUAAACUCAAUAUAUGGUCAUACAAUAUUACUCUAUGUGCCCUUUUGUUUUUUCUUUUUUUGCAUGUAUACCUUUUACCUUUACCCUGAGUGGUAAGUGUAAGUUUAUAUAUUUGAGCACUUUGGAACUACAUCUAUAGCGCUACACUCGUACCAAGUAGUGGGAAAGUUUCUAUACUGACCCACUCGUGGUUAUUUUAGUUUUUUGCAUGUCGAUAGUGGGUUUUGGAUUACCCUUUUGAGUGUUUUAUAGCAGCUUAACAAAACUACUUUUAUUAUAUAAAAAUAAGCGCCACUAAUUUCCACACCUCUUUUCUGUGUUGUUCACAACAUUCGCUGUAUGUCUGUGUAUUAUUUCUUAUCCUUACCUCUUAUUAUACACAGUUACAUAGACUGAAAAGAGACAUGUGUCCAUCAAGUUCAGCCUUUCUCACAUUUGUUUUUUUGCUGUUGAUCCAAAAGAAGACAAAAAAACAGUUUGAAGCACUUCCAAUUUUGCAACAAACUACUGCCAGAAUGGCAGUCAGAUUUAUCCUUGGAUGAAGAAGCUAUUACCCUACAGUUGAGAAAAAAUUUAUCCUUGAAUAUUCUGUUUUUGCAAGUAUGCAUCUAGUUGCUGUUUAAACAUCUGCACGGACUCUAAUAAAACCACUUCUGCAGGCAGAGAAUUCCAUAUCCUUUGUUCUUAUGGUAAAAAACACUUAGACUAAAUCUUCUUUCUUCCAGUCUAAACGCAUGACCUUGUGUCCUAUGUAAAGUCCUGUUUGUGAAUAGAUUGCCACACAAUGGUUUGCAUUGGCCCGGAUAUAUUUGUAUGUUAUCAUAUCCUCUCUGAGGCGACGUGUUUCUAAAUUAAAGAGGUUUAAAUUUGUUAACCUUUCUUCUUAGCUAAAAUGUUAAAAAGAAAAUAAUUGAUUAAUUUUGUAGCCUGCCUUUGCACUCUUUCUAGGGCCAUAAUAUCCUUCUUUAGAACAGGUGCCCAAAAUUGCACAGCAUAUUCAAGAUGUAGUCUUACCAGUGAUUUAUAAAGAGGCAAAAUUAUAUUCUCAUCCCGAGAAUUAAUGCCCUUUUUCAUGCAUGACAAUACUUUACUGGCCUUAGCCACUGCUGAUUGACAUUGCACAUUGUUGCAUAGUUUGUUGUGUAUAACAAUUCCCAAGUCAUUUUCGUGUGUUGUUAUCCCUACUUUGCUUCUGUUAACCCCUUAAGGACACAUGACAUGUGUGACAUGUAAUGAUUCCCUUUUAUUCCAGAAGUUUGGUCCUUAAGGGGUUAAGGGUAUAAGUUACUUGUGCAUUCUUUACGCCGAAGUGUGUAACUUUGCAUUCUUCUACAUUAAAUUUCAUCUGCCAUUUGAGUGUAGUCCCCCAGUCUAUCUUAAUCCCUCUGCAGCAAAAUAAUGUCUUGCUUACAUUGUAUUACUUUACAGAGUUUUAUGUUAUCUGCAAAUACAAAAACAUGACUUGCAAUGCUUUAAUGCCCUUUUUCAUGCUUAUCUCUUCUGGUUGUCUCCCUGCUGCCCACAAUGCUCCCUUACUUCAGCUGUGGGGAUAACAGCCCCCACAAACAUCCCAGAGCUGAUGUGCAAAGUAAUCUGGUAACUUGUUGGCAGCACUUUUUAUCUGGCCUUUGGAACUACCUUUCCUGGACAUCAGGAAAUGUGGUGAAUGUAUAUCUUGCGUGUCAACAAAGAGGCCUGUUUUACACAUUCAUAGGUUCUUCAUUGCAUCCCUUUGGUUUGGCAUCCCUGUGUAAAAUUUUAAUUUUAUACAGAGAUAUCAUGUAGGCGAUAUGGUACUGACAUAACAGACAUAUAUUUUUUCUUAUAUCUAUAUGGAUUAGGGUAUAUACCCUCACUCAAGAUUCUGUGGACUAAUGUAUAUCGUAUCUUCAGAAGGAUAUUGAUACUUUAGAGAAAGUUCAGAGAAGGGCUACUAAACCAGUUCAUGGAUUGCGGGAUAAAACUUACCAGGAAAGGUUAAAGGAUCUUAACAUGUAUAGCUUGGAGGAAAGACGAGACAGGGGGGAUAUGAUAGAAACAUUUAAAUACAUAAAGGAGACUAUAUUUAAAAGAAGAAAAACUAUCCCAAGAGGAUAUAGUCUUAAAUUAGAUGGGCAAAGGUUUAGUUUAAAAAUAUCAGGAAGUAUUACUUUACUGAGAGGGUAGUGGAUGCAUGGAAUAGCCUUCCAGCUGAAGUGGUAGAGGUUAACACAGUAAAGGAGUUUAAGCAUGCGUGGGAUAGGCAUAAGGCUAUCCUAACUAUAAGAUAAGGCCAGGGACUAAUGAAAGUAUUUAGAAAAUUGGGCAGACUAGAUGGGCCGAAUGGUUCUUAUCUGCUGUCACAUUCUGUGUUUCUAUUAUGAGUUUUGCUUGCAGAGAUUGACACGAGAUUCUAUUAGCAGGAACUGUCCAUGCAUGUUAGCAUGUAUAUCAGUGCACCUUCAUACUCUAAUGAUGCUUGCUUAUAUUAUAAAGUACAUUGUGGUGUCAGAUCUUUGGCACGUGCCAUAUGUUCUGUUCUUUACAGACAUUGCUUCUAUGAAUGCAUAGCCAUUACAAUAGUGCGAUAAUCAUAAAUUAUUCUAAUCAAUAACCUAAAUCUAUCAAUUUCUCUCCACUCUGUCUGUAAGAUACGUUUGUGAUUUUACUUUUUGUCAAUUCCUUUAGGGAGACUUGGGCUGGAUGACGAGAGGCUCCAUGGUAGGACCUUUUCAAGAAGCUGCAUUUGCUCUAGUUGUCAGCACAAUGGACAAACCAGUGUAUACUGACCCUCCUGUGAAAACCAAGUUUGGGUACCACAUUAUCAUGGUGGAAGGAAGAAAAUGAAGAAAAACUAUUACAUUGUGGAUCUUGGUUUGUAUUAUUGGUUUACUCACUAAGCAGUGAAUGGAAAACUGAAUUGAAAAUUCUGCACCACAGCUAUCAUCACAGCUUGGCUAUUUGUCUGACAUUUGCACUACUUUUUUCAAUUCUCUGUUUUGUGAAUAAAUCCCUGCGUGGUCUUCCUCAAAGUGAAUUCCUAUGGUUUACAUCUGUAAUAAAAUGAAAGUGUGGAGAUCUUUUUUUUUUUUCCUGCUGUUUGAGGCUUCUAUUACUAUCGCAUGAGAAAAUGUUAGAUGAGCUACAUCUUAAAGGACCAUUCUGGGCCCUAU